ACACCUUCCUGGAGUGAUCCAUCAAUUGAAAGCCAAAAAAACAAAGAAUGAAUAAAAACACUUUUAAAACACACACUGCAAAGAAAAAUCAGGACAGUGAUUUGGAAAUUUCCGAUAAUCCAUAUGCUUGCCACACAUUUUUGAGGACAAUAUGACAAAUUUUCGUAUUCAGCUACUGUCGGACAAUAACGUCGUUCUUGUACAGGCGAUAGGCCACGAGACGGAGAUUUUUCUGCCCCAAUUGUACAAUGAGCGCUUCGCUCUGAGGAACAUCAUCCGCAACCGAAGGCCUAAUGCCAGAUACGAUGCUGGCGAGGAUGUCCCCAACCAGGGGCAGCUGCCGUCCAGCCAUCCUAUCGCUAGUCAUCCUAAUCAACGUCCCAGGCUAACUACGGCAACGGCGGGCUUGGCUCCUAUGGGUGAGAGUCCUCCGCCCGGAGGCGGACGUGGAAGUUCUACCUACUCUGGAGCCAGCGGAGGCGGAGGUGGUGGUGGAGAAGGUAGCGAUCAUGCGAGACCCCUUCAAUUUACCCUCAAGUUAAUAUCCAACGAAAAAGUGGUCCUCGUGGAGUCUAGUGGUCACGAAUCGGAAAUAUUUCUGCCAUAUCUUUCUGGCCAAUUCAUUGCCAUGAAACGCGUUACCGCCAAUGAACUAAUCCAGUGCUCCCGCCUCAAGUCCCGACCACAACUCACGCCAAAUGGGGCACUGAACCAACCCCAGGCCCUGCCCCCAAACUAUCCGCAUCAAGACCAUUUGUCGAAAAGGGAUCAAUUGUUCUUCAAUCCUAGUCAAUUUUUUUUCCACAAUAACAGUACGGAUACAAAUACUCAUGAAUCGGAGAAGCAGGUCAAGACGCGUAGAAAACGCCGCUACCAGCCCAAGUACGCCGGAGCCGGAGAUCAGCAGUCUGCUGGAAAGCGCUGAGGUGGUAAAACGAUAUACCGGCUAACCAGUCGAAAGACAUAAAACCUAGCCCGGCCUAGAAUCUAGCAUCAAAACCUGAAAAGUGUGUUGAAAAUUUCAUGUUUUAUCGAACUGAAUCCGAAUUAAAAUCGAGGGUAAAAUGCACUGCGGUCAGGGCAGUGCGUCCAAAUUUUCAUUAAAGCUGCUGAUGGGCCAAAGAGUGGUCCUUGUGGAGCAUCCGGGUCUGGAGCCACAAUUGUUUGCGCCCAUUUUAAGAGAGGAUGGUGUUACCUUGGAAAAAGUCACCAUCGACAUGUCAUCGGAGAAAACCAUUGGCCUUGUCCCAAAUGAAGUUCCUGCCGAGGGCAGCAGUAAGGACAACCAGGUCAAUUGCCCGGCGGAACUACCACAUCCAGUUGAUGUUGCAAUGGAUCCUCUCGAUCAAAGGAAACGGGUGCGAUUCCAACUGGCACACAAGCACAAACACAAUCUGGAAACCAAGCCUAAAAAUCUGGAACCCAGUCGGGAAUGUGUCGUCCACGGCCGAACGGUUAAAAAUUUGAGCAUCCGGCAUGUGCCGCCACCGUUUGAUGUCAUUUACAAGAUCUUCUACCUGGACAGAGAAAGCUAGAAGCAAGCAGACACUCAUUUCGGCCAACAAGUAACGAAUCAUCAACUGUCCUCCCUGCAGGAAGAUACAUAUUCUUCAGACUGAACAUCUUUAACUGAUAAGAUGGCUCACUGUGAAGUGGAUGUACCUUCGAGGAGGGAAUUGUUACCGCUUUGAUAUAUUAGUACUUUUUUUGAAUAAAAAUUUAACAGUGAAAUAUUUUAA